AGCUCUUGGUCACACACACCUUCCUGACAACAUGAGGCCCAGCAGCUUCUUGGUCCUGGCAGCGUUCCUUAUCCUUGGGAUUCUGGCGGCACAGGCGGCUGCCACAUUUUUUCCUAAAGGCUCUGGCAAAGGUCGUGUUCUAGUCAAAGGACAAGAUCCGAUUAGAGGUCAAGAUCCAGUCAAGACCAAAGAUCUGCCCAAAGGUCCAGUGUCUACUAAGCCUGGCUCCUGCCCCGACAUUCUGAUGCGGUGUGCCAUGCUCAACCCCCCUAACCGCUGUUUGAGAGACACCGAGUGCCUGGGGGCCAAGAAGUGCUGUGAGGGUCCUUGUGGGCUGGCCUGCUUGGAUCCCCAGUGAGGUGGGGCCUGUCCUUGCUGCACCUGUGAUGUCUGCAUGGCUGCUGGCCCUGACCCUCGUCCACCCGUGGGUCCUCCCUCUCACUCAGGAUGCCCAAGCCCGGACUCGGCUGCCUGUCUCGUUGACUUUGCAAUAAAAAACCACUUUCUGCUCUGUU